CCAAAUACACUCUGAGCAGUGUUGAUUUAACACUGGGGAUUUUACUGUGUAUAGGGUAUAUUAUACUACAAUACACUACAGUUUACUGUAGUAAAAACUGAAGUAUACUACUAUUUAUUACAGUUUAUCAGUUCACUAUAGUUAAUACUACAGUAAGCUGAUAGCAUUCAUUAACAAAAUGUUGUAAAUACUAUAUAGUAUGAUACACUUUACUAUAGUAUGGUUCAAAAACACUGUAGUAUUUACUAUAAAUGACUAUAGUAUUUUUUCAUGUGGGUGGUGUUGGUGAAUUAUGGAUAUCCAUAGUGAAUAAUAAAUGUUUAGUUAAGCGGUAAAAGAGAAACUGUGUCAAGUGUUUAAAAUGUUUAUUGUAUUUAAAGUUAUAUGGUUAUGCGCUUGCUAAUUCCUUAAUGGAAUUAAAACUAGGAGUUAAGAUUAGGCUACAAGAUGAAACAAAUAAAAAGGUUUAAAGGGAGAGAAGUCAUAGACAUGAGCUACCAAUUUGAGUGACAACCUCAACAGCCAAUGAAAAAAGGGGGCGGGAAUAGUGAUAUUUCUUCAUAUCAUAUCAUCACAUAAUACGCAGCAAGUUUAUACGAAGUUAAUGCGAAGUUUUACUUUAAUUUCGCAAAACGUGCAGUGGUUUACGAACUUUUAACGCCAGAAUACAAAAGACCCAUGCAGAACCUUUAGCAUGUUAAACUACUUAAAUCUUCUUCUGCUGCUGUGCUUCGCAAAUCAUAGCGGAACCUCCACUGUAUCUGUGUCAGGAAAAAAGGGAGGUAACACUGUACUCAUAUGUGAAUACAAGGCCAGAGAGAUUUCUCAUAUUAGUUUAAAAGGUCGGUCAAAAAACAUCCCUGUGUGUCCGACUGAAGAAUGCAGUGGACGAGUAUAUAAACAAGGAAACUGUGACGUCGUCAUCAAGGAUCUGAGCUUCAGUGAUGCUGGGAAAUACUUUCUGCGAGUCUAUUACAUUAAUGAUCAGGCAGAGCUGGAGCGACAAAUCAGGACGUACCAACUUCAUAUUCAGGAUGAGAUUUCUGUGAAGAUCGGUGAGGAGCUGAAGUUGGACGUUCUGCUGUCAAUCGCUGAUAAAGUGCAGCAUCAGAGCAGAAGAAGCACAGAGUGGAUGAAGGUCUGGAGCAGAGCUGAUGGAGUUCAGAGCGAACGACUGAACAUCAGAGAUGGAAACCUGAUCAUUAAUGCAUUUACAGCCAAUGACCCCGGAACAUACAGAGCUCUGGACUCGGAAGGAAACGUCUUGAUCACAGUGACAGUCACAGAAUCAAAGAACAAACUGGACAGCACAGAUGAAGACAAAACUGAUGAUACACACUGUAAAAAAUUAUUGUGAUUUUAACAGUAAAAAACUGUAAAACACCACAGUAAUAACCUGUUAAAUGAUUAAGAGUAAGUUUCCUUACUAUAUACAGUGAAUAACUGUAAUAGAUCUAACCUUUGUUUUCGAGAAAGUAGCCUCAGAGUCGACACUCAUAGACUGUGUCUGAAACCACUCUCUACACCCUCAUUCACUAGUCCUACAUUACUUCACUAUAUAGUCCACUAGACAGAGUGAUUGAGAACAUAUGAGUGAAUUCAGACACUGAUGAACACCUGCUGUUAACAAACACAAUCACUGAAGGAAAGAACAAGAAACAAAACUACAGCCACAGCCUUAAAUGAAAUCAACUGAAAUAAAACAGCAGAGGAUGAUUAAACAACUCAUAACCAGCUCCACUCAUUACUAACCAGUUUGACUUCAUUUCUGUCAUAUAUCUACAAAUUAACAGAGGUUUAUAUUUUAUUUCAAAUGUUUUGUUUUAUCUCACCAUUUUGGCGAUCAGUGGUUGCUUUUGUUAUGCUCUUGACCCUUGACUCCUUAAGGUUAGUUUUUCUUUGGCUGUUAUGACUGUGUUUGUAGAGCACAUUAGUUAUGACAAGAAAAGCCAAGAGAGUUUGUAGUUUUGUUUAAGACUUAAAAGUGGUGGUCAUCUUCUAAUGACCUGGAUCACUGAUCUCAGCUAGUGUCAAACAAUGUGGGUGAUUUGUAAUUAAUUUAAUAUUGGCUAUAGUAGUAAUAUUACUCCAUAAGUUAAGCUGACAAACCAUUAUGAAAGAAUUUAAAAACCUUUUAUGCACAAAACCUUCAGAGUUACAACACCAUCUAGAAACACACAGACAUCAGGAAUCAGCACAUGAACCUCAAUAAUGGUGACUAUUAAUAAUAAAAAAAACAAUUAAUGCUGCAAAGCAUGCUGGGUGCCAGUACAAAACUCCCAGCAUGCACUGCAGCAUGAAUAAAUUAUGCAGCUGAAUGUUCUUAAUAUUUUCUUUAUUUGCUUUUAUUUUGGUGUUGUUUUUGUUGUUACUUUUCAGUAAACUGUUUUGUGAUGUUCAGAGUUGAACCGUUUUUUAAAUUUUUUAAUAUCGUUUUUGAUAGUCACCAAUUUUGAGAUUCAUACGCUGAUUGCUGAUGUCUGUGUGUGUUUAAUUUCUGCCGUAGUUCAAUAUAUUUAUUUGUGCAUAUUCUGGUUAGAACUGUUUCACAACAUUUGAUUACUGUAGUAAUUAAUGGUGCAUAUCACAUGUUUAACAAGAGACUUAACAUGGGAUAAUCGGUGAAUUAAACUACAUCAUGAUGGUUUUGACAUCCCAAACACCAGUGAUAGAUUAAUUUGGUGUUUUUGCUUUAAAAACUGUGCUUAAUAAACACAGCUAAUUAAAAGCAACCAAACAAAAACCAACGUUAAAGAGUCACGAUUCAAGAUCCCAACUAAAGCACCCACUGAUCGCCAAUAUGGUGACUUCAAAUGAAAGUACAACAACUAAAAUCUCAAUAAGAGCUUUUGUACACAUGACAGAAAUAAAGUAAAAGUGGUUAGUAAUAAGAUGCUGUUUGUGGAGUUGUUUAAUCACCCUCUUCUGAAAUCUUGAGAGAUUUCAUGUGUUUUAUUUCAGUUGAUUUCAUCUUGGCUUUCGCUGUAAGUUUUGUUUCUCUGCUCUUGUUUCUCGUUCCUUCAAUGAUUCUACUUGUUAACAGCAGGUGUUCAUCAAUAAACUCAAUCCUAAUUUAAUUAGUCACUUAAUUCUCUCAUUAAUUCGUCACUGCUUCAGUGUUACUUCAACACUCUGUAGUGUGGACACAUAGAAGUGCUCUUUAAAACUGAGGAUUUUGCUGUGGGAUUAAAGGGGUUAAAUUUGUGAGAUGACAAAACAUUCUGUGGAACGUCAUUUUAACAGAAAUAUACCGUAAAUUUAAUUUACGGAACAAACUGUAAAAAACAGUAGAUUACUGGCAACCACAGCUGCCGGUAUUUCACCGUAAAAUCAAGAAAAUAAACAGCAAAAUACUGUAAAACCUAACAGUCAACUUCCUGUUGUGUUUUGUGGGUCACCAUUGUGCUGGAGAGUAGAGCCUGUGUUUAAGUCAAGGACGGAGAGAAGGACACUGAUGUUAUGCUGCAUGUUGCUUUAUUUAAAGGCAGUAACUGUGUAGUUAUUGAUGUAAAGAGAAUCUCUUUGUUAAUUUUAAUCACGCAUGUGUGCUGCUGUUAUUUGCAAGAGUUUUGAGUUGAAUUGAUGACUUUGCAUAAAUCAGUAAAAUUUUCUUCAUGGACAUAAACAAAAUAGUUCUCAAUACUCUUAUGCUCACGUUACAUAAACAUUAUAAAUAUUAGUUUAUAAACAAAUGGCAGUUGGAUAAUUUAAGCGUAGUCGGUUUCUGCAAAUAAAAUGAGUUAACUGAAAGGUUUGUGUAUUAACAUUGUAUCAGUUAAUGAGAUACGGUUUUCACUGUAAAUUUAAACAGUUCUGUAAAUCCUAAAAUGUU